GAGGAGGGCAGCAGCGAAGGCGGCUGCAGCGAGAGAUGAGCUGCAGCGGGAGGACGGUGCGGUGCAGCUUUUUGCGGCGGGGAGCCCUCCCUUGUCUCCACAACUCUAUCCCCCUCUAACUGGGAGCAGCUCAAUAUUAGAAGAUCCGUGGGUUUUGCUUCUGUUUGCUUCACCAUCACCACCAUCAUCAUCGUCUCCAAGGACAGGGGAAAUACGCUGCACCCCCGGACGUCAGGAUUUCGGGUUUCCAGGAUAAAGACCGCUGUCCUACUCCUCCCCCCCGCCCCUCUCCCUUACUCACCGCACGGCCCGUACCCUGGCCGGGGGCGGCAGACCCGGGGGUAACAAUGGUGAAGUUUCUGGUGAGUUCUGGCUGCGCCCUGGCUGCGUCGGUGCUGCUCCGUGUGCCUGUCGGAUCGUGGUGAGGAGAAAAUGAGCGAAGAGACGGCGGCUUCUAACGAUAAUAGUUAUGCACGAGUGCGAGCUGUGGUGAUGACCCGGGAUGACUCAAGUGGUGGAUGGUUACCACUUGGAGGGGGUGGACUAAGCUGUGUCACAGUCUUCAAAGUCAUUCCCCAGGAAGAAAAUAGCUGUGCUGAUUUUCUUAUCCAUGGAGAACGACUCAGGGAUAAAACGGUGGUCUUGGAAUGCACAUUAAAGAAAGACCUUGUUUACAACAAAGUUACUCCUACUUUUUACCACUGGAAGAUUGAUGACAAAAAGUUUGGCCUCACAUUUCAGAGUCCUGCUGAUGCAAGAGCAUUUGAUAGAGGUAUUCGGAGAGCAGUAGAGGAUAUUUCUCAAGGUUAUCCACCCUCCCAAAAUGAUGUUGAAGUGGCAGAAGACUGCUUUCAAACGGCUCAAGAAAAUACAUCAGGUUCACUAAUGAAAGAUCACCUUUUUCAACAUGAAACUGUGGUAACCAGUGAAACUUACAACAGUGCAAAUUUAAGGCCUUCAACAUUUGAGGAUUUCAACACCAGGAGAGCCUGUUUUCCUAGCCAACCUAACCAGGUCCCACUGAAGUCAAUCAGACACGUUAGUUUUCAGGACGAAGAUGAAAUUGUCAGAAUAAACCCUCGUGACAUUUUGAUACGUCGUUAUGCAGACUACAGGCAUCCUGACAUGUGGAAGAAUGACCUGGAGAGGGAUGAUGCGGACUCAAAUAUACCAUUUUCUAAAUCAGACAGUAAAAAAUCUGACUAUUUAUACCCAUGUGGAGAUGGAACUAAGUUGAAUUCCCUAAAAGACUCAAAGAGUUCUGUGGUAUUUAAAACUCAGCCUUCCUCAUCAAAAUUUAAAAACUCAAAAAGAAGAAAAGAGGAUGGUGAGCGCUCCCGCUGUAUAUACUGCCAGGAAAGGUUUAAUCAUGAAGAUAAUGGCAGAGGAAAAUGUCAAGAUGCGCCAGAUCCUAUUAAAAGAUGUAUCUACCAAGUUAGUUGCAUGCUUUGCGCAGAGAGCAUGCUGUAUCACUGCAUGUCAGACUCUGAAGGAGAUUUCUCUGAUCCUUGCUCGUGUGACACUAGUGAUGACAAGUUCUGCUUACGCUGGUUAGCACUGGUGGCACUCUCGUUCAUUGCUCCAUGUAUGUGCUGCUACCUCCCCUUGAGAGCAUGCCAUCACUGCGGUGAGGUGUGUGGGUGCUGUGGAGGCAAGCAUAAAGCUGCGGGAUGAAUCAGUCUUGUGCCAAACAGAGCUGAAAAUCUUUGUUUCCAGGAAGCAUCUAACUUGGAUUUGUGGAAGCUUUUUGGCAAGCUGAAGGGAAUCUUCUUUCACGUAAGAGAUGCUUGAUGUGGAGGAAGCAACGAGACUUGUCAGACCUUGGCAUUUUACAAGUGCUAGCCACGCCUAACUAUUUCCUUUGAGUGCGUGGCAUUUGUUGCAAGUUGUGAAGGAGAUUUUGCGAAGGAAAGCCUGUUCUUAUUAUUGGCUAUAAAAUGAGCAUAUAAACUAUGAUUAUACUAAAAGGGAUUAACUUUUGCCACUUUGUACAUUCAUGGUUUAGGUGAGGGGGCUCUUUUAAAAGGAUUAAAACUUAUCUGAGGGGAAAUUUUAACUAAAAGUGCACUAGUGACAGUUGAUUUAAGAUUAAGAAAAGUUAAUACUCAGCAAAUGAGAAAUGAAACUGAUUUUAAGUGCAACUAAAUCACUUAUUAAUAGUUUUUUGGAAGCAACUUUAUGUAUAAAUAACAAAUGUUUAUAUUUAACUAAAUGUGUAAGGUACGAAUUAUUACUUGUUAAACUUUCCUUCCCUCCGAUAUAGUAGGUAUGGACCAUAUCUACUGUCACAUUCCAUGGUAGUAUUUUAAAUAGUUAAUUUAGUUGCAUUUUUAUUCCAGAUGGACAAAUUGAUAUUUUCAGUCCUGGUUCCCUUCAGCUACAGUUUGUGUUGAGUUGUAUCCAUGCAUUCUGAUAAUCUAAAAACCUUUAAAAUAUUAAUUAUUCUAGUCUUGAGUGACCAAUAUUUUUUUUGUUAAGCACAGAUGUAAUUGUCUAAAAUGUUCUUGUUAGAACAUAACAUUUAUUUUUAUAUAUAAAUGACUUUGAUUUCAACAUAAUAGCAAAAAGGAUGUUGUUUCUGUUGUUCAACCAGCAAGUUGUUUUCUUUUGGGGUAUCCUCCAAAAAUACUUUCUUGCAUAUUCAAAUGUUCAUUAAGCAAAGGUACAUUAAGGCAGUUGUAACAAAUUGUCACCAGUGUUCUUGUUUAUCCUUCUGUUAAACUAGGAUCCUGUUCAGCUGUUUAUCAAGUACUAUGAUUAAAACAAAAGAUUAAUAACAAAA